AUGAUUAUGAAUCAAUAUUUACAAUCAUCUGUUACCGACGACGAGGGCGAACUGUGUGUAGGUGGAGUAGGUGUAUUUGCUGGUUAUCUUGAACGUGAUGAUUUAACUGCAAAAGCUCUCGUUGAAAUAGAUGGUGAAAUGUUCUAUAGAACAGGUGACCUUAAAAGACCAUCAAGUGAAAUACGCGGCCAACGUAUUGAACUUGGUGAGAUCGAACGAUGUUUAUUGAAAACAUCUAUUUCUGCUUGUGUUGUUGUCAAAUGGAAUGAUGAUCACUUAGUUGCUUAUGUUCAAACUUCUGAUAUUGACGAAGUGCAACUACGAGAACAUUGCCAAUCACAUUUACCACCUCAUAUGAUUCCCUCACUCUUUGUUAUCCUUGAUAAACUACCAUUGAAUCCAAAUGGUAAAAUAGAUCGAAAACUUCUUCCUCCACCUAAUUUUGUAUCAAUGCAUCUCACUAAUCCUCAUGAACUUUUGUUACUAUGUGAUUUAUUAAAUCAAAAACAAAUCUCAAUUGAUACAAAUAUCUUCACUCUUGGUGGUCAUUCACUCAUGAUUAUGCAGCUCUUCAACAGAUAUAAAAUAGAGUUUCAUCUUGAGACAAAUGCUCUUUCUAUUACUGAUCUAUUCCAACAUCCAACCAUCAUCGAUCAUGCUCAACUCAUUUAUCAAACUAUGAAUGCGACAAACAAUAUCAAUGACUAUCAUUGGUCUUCAUUACAUAUCAUGAAAGCUAAAGCAUCAUUUGCCCAAGAACGUAUUUUCUUAGAUGAACAAAUUCGAUUUUCAUCAACAGAUAAUAAUACUAACAUGUAUGUUAUUCCAUUAAGUUAUCGUAUUUCAUCUAUAAAUGAUCAUAUAUCCAUUUCACGAUUACAUCAUGCAUUUCAAUCUAUCAUAAGAAAAUAUCAAAUUCUUCGAACAACACUCUCUCUUGAUGCAAAUGGCACUAUUAUACAACACUAUUUAGAUGCAAAUGCUAUUAUCUAUGAUAACAAAUCAUCUGGACUUUUGAUGGUUAAUCUUCCCGAUGAAGAACAUGAACAGAAUGAAAUUGUAAAGGAGAUUAUAAAUCAAUCAGAUUUAUCUGAUUUAUCAAAAGAACAUGUUAUUAAUUGUCAUAUUCUUCGUCAUUGUGAUCAAUCAAAUCAUUCGUUCACUCAGAAUAAUGAUGAUCUAUUGACUAAAGAUGAUCUCAUAUUAUUUACCAUUCAUCAUGCUUCCUUUGAUGGAGCAUCAAGAUCAAUCUUCAUUGGUGAUCUUUCUCUUGCUUAUCAAUCUAAUGGUUUUCUUCCUACAGAUGAUAAUUCAUUACAAUAUAUUGACUAUUCUAUUCAUGAACACAUAAUGGAUAUGACAUUGUCUCAAGAAUUUUGGUUAUUAGAACUCAAAGGAUGUGAUCUUACAUGUCUGUUACCACUACCAAUCGACCGACAACGUUCAUCAACUGAUCAACGAUCAGGUGUAGCAUCCAUAGCUGAAAUCAAUUUUGAUAAUGAAUUAUGCACGUCAUUUCUAAAUUAUGCAUCAUCACAUCAUCUCACACUUUUUCAACUUGGAUUAUCUAUAUUUUAUGUCUUCCUAUUCAAAUUAUCUCAUGGUGAGACUGAUCUUUGUAUUGGUUCUAUCAAUGCUAAUCGAUAUCGAAAUGAAUUAGUGAAUAUAAUAGGAAUGUUUGUAUCAACAUUACCAUAUCGUGUUGAACUUGAUCCUCAUUGGUUAUUUGAUGAAGUAGUUAAAUAUGUACAAGAAAAAUGUUUAUCAAUUCUUGAACAUUCUCAUUAUCCCCUACAACAUACUCUUGCGGAUUUACAUCUCACUCAAUCAAAUGUAUCAUUUCUUGAAAUAAUGUUUGAUUUUAUUACUAUAUCAGAAGGUGUUAAUGAUUUAUGUUUGAAUGGUGUCAAUCUAGAGCAAGUGUUAUUAAAAGAAUCAUAUGAAAUGGCUAAAUUUGAUUUCUCGUAG